GUGCGGACGCUGACUCAGGCGCGAUUCUUGCGCCGGCCGCCCGAGAAUCCCGGCCCGUCGCGCUCUGCAGUGUCCUUGGGAGGGACUUAAACGCCGGACAAGCUGGAAAGGGGGACGCUCUGCAGCCCCCUAACCCCAGGAGGCGCCCUGGCCCGCGCCCGCCCCCCGGGGCCUCAUGUCGGAACCACAGCCUGACCUGGAGCCGCCCCAGCAUGGGCUGUACAUGCUCUUCCUGCUUGUGCUGGUCUUCUUCCUCAUGGGCCUGGUAGGCUUCAUGAUCUGCCACGUGCUCAAGAAGAAGGGCUACCGCUGCCGCACGUCCAGGGGCUCCGAGCCUGACGAUGCCCAGCUCCAGCCCCCUGAGGACGACGACGACAUGAAUGAGGACACCGUAGAGAGGAUUGUUCGCUGCAUCAUCCAAAAUGAAGCCAAUGCUGAGGCCUUGAAGGAGAUGCUGGGGGACAGUGAAGGAGAAGGGACAGUACAGCUGUCCAGUGUGGAUGCCGCCUCCAGCCUACAGGACGGAGCUCCCUCCCAUCAUCACACAGUGCACCUGGGCUCAGCAGCACCCUGCAUACACUGCAGCCGCAACAAGAGGCCCCCACUUGUUCGUCAGGGACGUUCCAAGGAAGGAAAGGGCCGCCCCCGGCCUGGGGAGACCACCGUGUUCUCUGUGGGCAGGUUCCGAGUGACACACAUUGAGAAGCGCUAUGGGCUGCAUGAGCAUCGCGAUGGCUCUCCCACGGACAGGAGCUGGGGGUCUGGUGGGGGGCAGGACCUAGGGGGCAGUCAGGGGUCUGGGGGAGGACAGCCAAGGGCAGGGAUGCCUGCCAUGGAGAACCUGCCCACCGAGAGGCCACAGCCCCAGGCCCUCGCUAGUCCCCCAGUGCAGAACAGAAGACUGAGGGACAGCAGCCUGGCCCCUUGUGCACUUGAGGGGAACCCUGGAGCCUCUGAAGAGCCAACUCGCGGGGCGGGAGGGAGGGGUCCAAGCCCAGGGCUGACCAGUCAAGCAGCAAAUGGACAGCCAAGCAAACCGGCCACCUCAGAUCACCAGGUAUCCACACCACAGGGAGCAGGGGGUGUGUGAGCCUCCUUCUUCAUUGCGCUGACAGACUACCAGCUGGUGGGGGAGGGGUGGGCAUGAAGGCCAUCCUCUCCGCUGGACAGCACGGCCCCCCAGCUGAGGGACCAGCCCUACUUCCACCUGGAGUCCCACGGUCCCAAGCUGGGAGACCUCGGGAGAAGUGCCCCUCAACCCUGCCCCUCAGUCUCUUUCCCUUCCCCUGCCUGCCACCGGGCCUCUGCCUUCCCCAUCACCUCGCUCCGUAUGCUAGUGCGGCAGCUGGGAGCAGGCCCUGCCCUUGGGCGGGCCCCUAAAGCAAUAGCACCUUAGGCCCUCCCUGCCCUUCUGGCACAAGAGGCCCAGGCCCUGGCUUGGGCUUCGUGUCCUUUAUUCACUGUCAAUAAAUCCGCACAGACGAUUACAGCUG